GGACUGUGAAUGGCAGCCAAUCAGGAACAGAGCCCCCUCUGCUUCAGCCUUUCUGCUUUCCAGAGCUAAAAGUGAUGCAGAGAGAGGCAGCUGGAGUUAGACACAACUGUAGUCAGUCUUGGAAUCUAACUGCAGCUGAGAGUCAGCGGCUGAGCUGUGCUAAACACCAAUGGAAAAAAAUGUGUGAAUUGAAAAUGGCAAUAAAUGGGCACUGAAGGAAGAACAAAAAGGGAGUAAAAUGCCAGCUUUGGUGCUACACCUUUGUAAGAUUCAGGCAAUACAGAGCUGCAUUCCUCACUAGAGUUUCUGCAAAGGACUUGAAGAGUUUGAGGACUUGGAUAAAAUGGUAUUCAAUCACUCCCUGCUGCUUCUUCUCCUGCUCUCCUUUCAUCAUCAGAGUUAUAUGAUGGUUCUGUCACAAAGGAAUAAUGAUGAGACACUACAUAAGCUAACUGGUGCUUCAGACAAAGAUGGGAAGAUACUGCAGCGCUCCAAACGUGGUUGGAUGUGGAAUCAUUUCUUCCUUCUUGAAGAGUAUACUGGAACAGAAUAUCAGUAUGUUGGAAAGCUUCAUUCUGACCAGGACAGAGGAGAUGGAAGCGUUAAGUAUGUCCUUUCCGGGGAAGGGGCAGGCACCUUGUUUCUAAUUAAUGAAAACUCUGGAGAUAUUCAAGCUACUAAAAAGCUGGACAGAGAAGAAAAGGCCUACUACACGCUCCGUGCUCAAGCUGUGAACAAGAAGACAGGCCGUCCAGUGGAGCCAGAGUCUGAAUUCAUCAUUAAAAUUCAUGAUAUAAAUGAUAAUGAACCAAAGUUUACAAAAGAAACCUACUUAGCUAGUGUCCCUGAAAUGUCUGAUGUAGGCACAUUUGUUGUACAAGUCACAGCUACAGAUGCUGAUGAUGCGACAUAUGGGAAUAGUGCCAAACUUGUAUACAGUAUUCUUCAGGGACAACCAUAUUUUUCUGUGGAGCCUGAAACAGGUAUUAUAAGAACAGCUUUACCAAACAUGAAUAGGGAAAACAAAGAAAAUUACCAUGUGAUGAUCCAGGCCAAGGACAUGGCUGGACAGAUGGGUGGAUUAUCAGGGACGACAACAGUCAACAUCACCCUUACUGAUGUGAAUGACAGCCCACCAAGGUUCCCCCAGAGUUCCUACCAUCUCAGCACAUCAGAAUCUGCAGAAAUUGGAGCAACAGUUGGCAGGAUUAAAGCGAAUGAUGCUGAUGUUGGAGAGAAUGCUGAUAUUCAAUAUAAUAUCGUUAGUGGGGAUGGACAGGAUCUGUUUAAAAUUGUCACUGACAGAUCAACACAGGAAGGUGUUAUAACUGUGAAAAGGCAGUUGGAUUUUGAAAAUAAACGGAUAUACCUUUUAAAAGUGGAGGCUGUUAAUACUCAUCUUGAUCAUCGGUUCCUUCAUCUUGGUCCCUUUAAAGAUACAGCAACUGUGAAGAUCUCAUUGCAGGACAUGGAUGAGCCCCCAGUUUUUAGUAAAUCCUUCUAUGUAUUUGAAGUGCAUGAAGAUGCUGCCCCUGGUAGUUUCAUAGGAGCAAUUACUGCCUAUGACCCAGAUGCUGCUAAUCACCCAGUAAAGUACUCUGUUGACAGACAUACAGAUUUGGACAGAUUGUUUGAUAUUGACUCUGGAAAUGGUUCAAUUUCAACAUUACAACCUCUUGAUCGUGAAAUGUCAAAGUGGCAAAAUAUAUCCAUUGUUGCCACUGAAAUAAAUAAUCCCAGACUGACCAGCCGUGUUCCAGUUUUUAUUAAGGUUUUGGAUGUCAAUGACAAUGCUCCAGAAUUUGCUAUGUUUUAUGAAACCUUUGUUUGUGAAAAUGUAAAAUCUGGACAGUUGAUACAGACUAUAAGUGCUGUUGACUCAGAUGAACCUCUCAUUGGCCACAAAUUUGCCUUCAGUCUCAGUACCACUAAUCCCAACUUUACAAUUUUUGACAAUGAAGAUAACACAGCUAGAAUUCUGACAAGAAGAAGUGGAUUUAGUCGACGUGAAAUGAGUUAUUACCUUCUGCCUGUUGUUAUAUCUGACAAUGACUAUCCUAUCCAGAGUAGCACAAGUACAUUGACUAUCCGAGUGUGUGCAUGUGACAGCAGAGGCAACAUGCAGUCCUGCAAUGCUGAAGCUCUGAUGCUGCCUGCUGGUCUCAGCACUGGGGCCUUAGUUGCUAUCCUGCUCUGCAUCAUUAUUCUUCUCAUUAUAGUGGUUCUGUUUGCAGCCCUGAGGAGGCAAAAGAAAAAGGAACCUCUGAUCAUCUCCAAAGAGGAUGUCAGAGACAACAUUGUCAGCUAUAACGAUGAAGGGGGUGGAGAAGAGGACACCCAGGCCUUUGAUAUUGGGACUCUGAGAAAUCCUGAAGUGAUGGAUGCUAACAAGCUACGAAGAGAUAUAAUCCCAGAAAUGUUAUUUCCUUUCCGUCGGACAUCUCCUAUUAAGGAUAAUGCAGAUGUCAGAGACUUUAUUAACAGUAGGCUACAAGACAAUGAUAUGGAUCCAACAGCUCCUCCUUAUGAUUCACUUGCUACUUAUGCUUUUGAAGGAAAUGGAUCUAUAGCAGAGUCAUUAAGCUCACUUGAGUCAGCUGCAACAGAUGGUGACCAAGAUUAUGAUUACCUAAGUAACUGGGGACCUCAGUUCAAAAAACUAGCAGACAUGUAUAUAGGGAAAGACACUGACAAAGAGACUUAGCUCUGAACAGCAAGAUUUAACAGCUGCCCUGUGAAAAAAAAAAACAGAAAAACUCUUCUGACUCUAAAAUCCGUGGAGACUUGAAUAUUGUUUUACAAAAUUUAAUUUUUUUUUCACUUUCUGCUUUUUUUAUUUUCCUUUUUUGUAAUUGGUGAAGAUGCCUUUCACAAUUUAGGACUUUGUGAAAUAGGUGUGGACAAUGUGUUUUAUAUCUAAGACAAGAAUGAUAGUAGUAUUGUUUACGAUCUGUGUUUAUGAAAAAAAAAUCUAAUCUUCUACUUAAGACUGGAUUUAAAAAUUGAACUGUAAAACUUGUUUUAAGAUGAUUGAUCUAUUUAAUUAUUUCCUGUUUUGUUUUAUAAACAAUGUAAAUGUGAAAGGUUGGUAAGGUUUUAAUGUCAAAAACUGUGAUUUAGGUUUAUCAACUAGACGUAUACAAUGUCAUGAGGAUGUGUAUCCUAUAGAAUUAUUGUCAUAUACUACACAUAUGUUGUCUGAAUGCUAAGUUAUAUUGUUUUAUAUUUAUAUUUUUAUAUUUAUUUUAAUAAAAAAUUGUACACA